AUGGCACCAUUGCCAGCCACCUACAUAGAGAUAUGCAAUACUAUCAGGCUGACGGGUGUGCCUGCAGAUGCAAUCAGUGAAAAGUUCUUGAAGACGUACUUCCCUGAAUCGAAGACUGCAGAAGGCAAAGCUGCCAUCUCUUCCUUCCACCAAUUUCCAGAUGAAUCGUUGAGUGAGGCACUUGAAAGAUUCAUAGGUUUAUUGCGAGAGACUCUCACUCAUGAUUUUUCAGAACUAAUACAACUCAACAUAUUCAUAGAUGGGUUGAGACCACAAUCUAAGCAGCUCUUGGAUGCUUCAGCUGGGGGUAAGACCAAAAUGAAGACCCCCGAGGAAGCAAUGGACUUAAUUGAAAGCAUGGCUGCUUGUGACAUUGUCAUUCUGAGAGACCGAGCCCACAUUCCUACUAUGAAGAGCUUAUUGGAUCUAACCUCACAGGACGCUCUGUAG